AGAAGGUUGAAGAGCUGCUGGAGGAGACGCUGGUGCCGCAGUGAGAGGAGAAAAGCGCGAUCAGCACUUCAACCAGACAGGACCAUGAGCUGAACCUGUACCACACCCUCUUCCUCCUCCUCCUGCUAUGAUGAACGAUAAGCUGAUGUUCCUCGGGCUCCUCUACUUCGUGCAGGGGAUCCCGUACGGCCUGCAGUCCUCGCUGCUGCCGGUCUACCUGCGCAACGCCGGCCAUUCGCUCACCCGAAUCUCCCUGGCCAAGAUCCUCUACUUUCCCUGGGUGCUGAAGGUGCUGUGGGCGCCCCUGGUGGACCGCGCGGGCACCAAGCGCCUCUGGCUGGCCACGACGGUGGGCGGGCUGGCGCUGGUGUGCCUGGCGGGCGCCACGCUGUCUCCCGAGUCCCAGCAGGUGGGAGUGGCGGGGGUGCUGCUGGCCAUGAACGUGCUGGCGUCGGUGCAGGACGUGGCGGUGGACGGGACGGCCGUCAGGCUGCUGCGUGGCGCCUCCGAGCUGGGCCUGGGCAACACGGCGCAGGUGGUGGGGUACAAGGCCGGCUCCGUGUUCGCCGGCGGAGGCCUGCUGGCUGUCAUCGACGUGGUGGGGUGGGCGUGGACGUUCACUCUGUUGGCGUGUGUGUACGGAGGGAUGACGCUGUUCGUGUGCGGCGCGCUCGUGCUCGACGGCGAGGUGGGCCGGCCGCCGGGCGAGGCCAGGAGGGCGUCAAGGGACGGGACGAAGCCGUGGGCAGUUCUGCGGAAGCUGAUGGCCGUGCCGGGGACGCCGUGGACCAUGCUGUACGUGCUGACGUAUAAGCUAGGCGAGCAGGGCGCCAUCACCAUGUUCCCCCUCUUCCUGCUGGACCAUCACAUGACGGCGCGGGAGCUGGGCCUGUGGAACGGCGUGGUCGCCAUGGCCUUCUCCAUCUGCGGCUCCUCCCUGGGCGGAUUCCUGCUCUCCAAGUACAGUAUGGGUGCACUGAUGAGGCGCGUGUUCGUGGUCCGGACCGUCAGCAUGGUUUUCCAGUGCUCUCUCCUCACCGUGCUGGAACCCUCAUCUCUCAUGAAAGGUAUGGCGGUGUUGAGCCUGAGCACGCAGCACUUCAUCGCAGGUCUGAUCACCACCCUGACCUUCACCUGUAUGAUGCACUGCACGCAGAGGGCCGAGGAGAGCAUCCAGGCGACUCACUACAGUUUCUUGGCCACGCUGGAGGUUCUGGGGAAGCUGAGCUUCAGCGCCCUGGCCGGGGGCAUCGUGGACGCGGUGGGCUUCCCCAUCGCCUUCCUGCUCUUCCUCUUCCUCACCUCCACCAGCGCUCUGCACGUGUGGAGAGCCAUGGAGACGGGCGUGCUGAAGGAACAGCUGAAGGAACAGCCGCAGUGAAGCGCCAGUGUGUGUGUGUGUGUGUGUGUGUGUGAAAGGAUGUACAGAGGUAACGUGAUGUGAUACGAUGCAAUACUGGGUGCGCGCUCACGCCGCCACAAUUUUUGUUGCAUCUGGCAACGUUUAACUUGCUAAAGCUGUAGCUAAUCGCACAAAUUGUACUUUUUUAAGCCAACCUGUUGCUCUAAAAGAGCAAAAAUGAUGAACAGUUGUCUCGGAUCAAGGGUCACAUGCAGUUCAGGAGCGAAGAAACACAUUUGCAAUAAAUAAACAGUGCGAAGGCCACAGAUAUGCGAAAAAGCUUUAUUGUGUAGAGUUACCGCGUUCAGCUUCGGGUUUGUUUUUUUUGGUGCCAAACGUAGCCGAAUGACUUGAAAACCCCCUCGGUACAUCUGACCCCAGGUCGAAAUUUCGACAGCCGCUAAGCUAAAGUAGCAACAGCAUGUCGUACAGCCACGCUACCGCAAAGCACAAGACGCCACCUCGCAAGAUUCACAGCGAAAACCACCAGACUAAACCAGUUUAACAAGUUAAACCAUUUAAACGGUGGGCGAUGUCAAAGCUAGCUCUGUUAGCUUCCAUUUAGCUAGCUCUGUUAGCGUUCUCCGAAUGAAACGCAGCCUCCCCACACACAGAUUAUUCCUGGUCGUCCAAAAUAACAUAAAUAACGUGGAUCUAGCUUGGAUAGCCAACAUGCUAAUCAUGCUUCAAACACCGGAACAGAAAUUGGACAUCUUAUAUCAGCACUAACAGGCUCAGCUCAACUCGGCUCGGCUUUUCAAUUAAGUUCGUUUUCUCCCGCCGGACUAGCAUUUAUUAAGAGGUUAUUGGCAAAUCAUUCAAUGAUUUCUUAUUUAAGGAAACGGGCCUGUCUCUUCCUGGUUUAAUAUCCGCAUUAACAGUCUCAGCUCCGCUCUAAAGUUGAAAGUCAGUCAGUUGCAGACGGAAAUUGCAGUUAAAAUUUACAUUUAGCGUUUAAUUGACGUUUUUCAGUUAACGAUUGUUUGUCUUUCUGUCGACGUCUGAUGUUCGCGUUAUCGCUCACAGCGUGGCUCUGAAUUCAGGUUUCGGUUGUUAACGUUCAUUCGAUGGUCCUCAAAAAGUGUCAAAAUUUGAAUUUGAAGUCGAAGCUUUUUGUGUUGCUUUAGUCGCGCCAGCCGAUGUAAAAUCUGUAAAUCCAGUGAUGGAUGUAGCAUAAUUUGGAUGUGAACAUCUAUGCAAGAGUGCAAUAACAUUUACUAUAUUUUAUAAAUGUUUGUUUAUCACGUGUUCUUACAUUUCCUACGUCUGUCUGAGAACCUGGUGAGCUGCUGAGCUGCCUCAGUAGAGAGGAUUCUAUUCUAAUAAGCAUCAAACUCAUAAGGCAGAUUAUUUAGACGCACUACUUACCUCAUUAUUUAGGCAGAUUAUCACUCAGAAUUAAGGCAGCAUUUAAAGUAUCAAAGAAUUUAGACACGCCCUCUUCUCAGGAGUGUAGGGUGAUCGCUAGGUUCUCAGACAGACCCGCAAUAUCAGUUUUAUUGUUUACUUUGAUAACAUGAAUGUUUUUUAUUUAUCAUCUGGAUGUCACAUGACUGAAUUCUGUUUUAUUGAACUCGAAUGACCUUUGAGGGACCGUACGAGGAACACCCUGCAUUUCCAAACGUACGUGGACGAGUCUACCAGAUUCGGCUCUUUCGGUCACUAUUAGAGUCAGCACAAUGCGUGUUUAUAUGGAUCUCAGAUGGAGAUCACCAUGUGCAGUUUCAUAUCCUGGCUGGCUGGGAGGGAGUAAAGCACACCCGUGUUGGACCCCGGAGCAGUAAAGCGACCGUCCGUACAGGAUCGAAUCCAAAAUGUGAAAUGUGUUCGGAGCACAUUUGCUUAGCACGGUUCCAGCUGUGAAGUACGGUGGAGGAGAUGAUACAGCACUCACCGAGAGGGAGUAGAUCCCUGCAGCCAGGUUCCAAACCUGUGAAAAGUCUUCCAGUAAAAACCUCAAAAAAUAACAUUAAACAAAGAUGUAUGGUUUGAGUGUCCACAUACUUUUGGUCAUGUCGGGUCACUGUUUAAGACUAAACUGUGCUGUUUUGGUUCUUAUAUCAUUUCUUUCCAAUCACUGUAGGCACCAUAAUGCACAGUCUGAUAUACCAGCAACGCCUUUGCACAAACGACAUGAAUAAACCUGCUACUGGACUGAAAA